GAAGGCAUCCAAUACAAAAAUGCCGACAUGAACAGCAGAUCUGUGUUUGACACGUCUGUAACAUUCACGACCAACCGAGCAGAUCAAAUGUUUCACGCUGGAAGACACGUUAAAUCAGCUUUCUUUAUACGCCAAUGGGGUCGAUGUUCCUAAAACUAUAAUCCGAAUUUAAGUGGUCAUCCUGAACGGGCCGCCCGCACCAUUUAAUUGUCGCAUCUCGGACCAUUAGUUAACAUAAGGUUGCGAUCUACACAGCUUUGUUGGCUGAGCAUUGCACUUCUUUUAAAUAGCGAUAUCAGUCCCUCAACUGUAGUCAUUGAAAUAACAUCCAGUGUUAGAGGCUUACUACCACCCGAUAUGCGUUUCCUACUGACUACUAUUGCGUUCUUGUUCAGUAUCAGUUCGGUGAUGGCAUCUCAAUGUUCUGGUUGUUGGCAGGAUGUGGACCCUAACUCGACAGAUAUAACAAACGUGAUCGAGAAGGCUCGUUCGCACAUAAGUAUGCAGAGAAAUUCUCAAUUUCAGUUGAAAGUGACGGAAAUUAGCGACGUCAAGAGACAGGUUGUGGCUGGGUUCAAGUAUAAAUUCAAACUUAUUCUAUGCACAACUGAAUGCAAAAAACCCAACGAUAAACUUAUCAUCGAAGAUUGUCAGUGUCAGGAUGGAGGUGCAAUACUCACAUGUAAAGUGACAUUUGUUGAAAGAGCUUGGCAAAACUACAGGGAGGUUACAAAUUCUGAAUGUUCCGAGGAAAUUCCCAAUCUGACAUGAAUGGAGAUGGAAUGUGGCAAAUAAUGGAGGUGAUAACGGGGUAUUUUAGAUGUUUAAUUGAAGAAGGAACAAGUAUCUAUAAGGAGAAGUCAACUCAUCGACUGUCGCAUGUCCACGAGG